CCAAUGUGUAAUGUACUCAGGUAGAUGGCUUUUUUUUUUGGAGGUGGCGAGAAAGACAUGGCCAGACCAGGGACAGUCAUGAGUGGUACCGACUUGACUUUUUCUAGUCUGACAAGCAUCACAGUCAGCCGAGAUGAGGUUCAGGACGGCCCUGGCCGCGAGAACUCCUGGGGCAAGGCCAGUGAUCCGGGAAGGGAGAGGCUCAAAUCAGCGAGGAGUGGUUUGGAGAAGGGCGGUGUCUGUCUGCAAGCCACUGAUCUGGCAGGGCGAUCAUCCAUCGACGUGCUACCUCUGACACUAGAACACAAAGGUCACGUCUUCAUGCACAAGUAUGCAUGGCCCUAUGUGCAAGAAGUUGCAAAAUAUGUCGCUGUUAUGUGGAAACUCAAGUGUAAGGUGCAACAGGUUGAGAACGUUGAACUCGCGGAGAGCGUUCCCAAAAAGGCUUGGCGCAACGGGUUUCCGUCAUGGUGA